AUGUGUGAUACAAUAUCAGAUUUUAAAAGUAAACUGAAUGAAGAAUUACAGAGAAACCAUUCCAAAGAAUCGAUCACCGAUAAAUUCCUUGUUUUAUUAUAUAAUCCAUUGCAUUCAUUGGAAGAUCAUGAACCAAUGCUUUUGGUUAUUGAUGCCUUAGAUGAAAGUCAAGUUGACGGCAAAAGUGAAUUGUUGGAAUUGAUUGCAGAAGAGUUUGGCCGACUGCCUAAAUGGAUUAAAAUCUUCAUCACCAGUCGUCCAGAACUUCCUGUUCAAAAAGAAUUGAAAGACAUGAAUCCUGUGGAAAUUACAACUCGUCCUCGUGAUGAAAACAACGAAGAAGACCUGCACAAGUAUUUGAGACAUCAGUUGAAUGAUCGUGUGCAGAAAAAUCGCUACCUUCUUCGGUCAUUAGUUAAAAAAUGUGAGGGAUCAUUUCUUUACGCUUAUCACGCACAACUGAGCUUAAAGAAAGAAGAACUUGAGCUUACAGACGAGAAAAUUGAAAAAUUGGUCCCUAGUGGGUUAAGCGGUGUUUACACAAAGCAAUUCAAAAGAGUAAAAGAAUUGUUCACGAAGAAAAGAACCAGAAACUCUGUUAUCGCAGAAACUACUUUCAUGCAAUUUCUUGAAUUGUUGGCUGCCUGUCGGGAGUUUUUACCAUUAACUUUACUGUUUAGCUAUAUAGGUUUUUCUGGUGACAUCAAGUUUGAAGUCCGCAGUAAAAUCAUUGAACUGUCAUCUCAAAUUUUGCCAGUUUACGAUGAUUGCUUAACCGUGUAUCACAAAUCUUUAAGUGAUUGGUUGAAAUCAGAUGGUUACGAACAGCAUGAGUUUACAGUUAAUCCAAAAAAUGGUCAUAAGUUCUUAUGGCAUGCUUGUGUGAAAGUGUUUGAACAAAUGAAGUGUAUGAACAUUUCAGAAGAUCAGAUGAACACUGCUAUGAUUAAAUAUGCUUUGAAGAAUGGAGUCCACCAUAUGAUUGAAUGUGGCGAAAAGGUUGACUUUAGUUGGGCAGAAUUUGUCAAAGAGGUUGGUGCGAGGUUAAAGGGUGUGGAAGACAAUGACAUGCAUACCAUUAGGUCUGAAUUACCAUUAGGUGGUUCUAAACCAGCAGCACCAACACAGUCCCGUGUAUCUGAAACACACCCUAUGGUCACUCCUUCUCAAUCAACAUCCUCCAGAGUCCCUAGUGAACCUACUAACAAUGACCCUAAGCAACCUCCUGCUUUACCAAUACAUACUCCAAGAACGCGGCCAGUUCUUUCAAGAACACCUCCAGAUCUUUCAAGAACACCCCUAGUUUCUCCAAGAACACCUCCAGAUCCUACAAAACACCCUAUUUCUUCCAGAAAUACCUCCAGAUCCUUCAAGAACACCCCUAGUUCCUCCAAGAACACCUCCACAUCCUAGAAAAACACCCCCAGAUCCUACAAAAACACCUCUAGUUCUUCCAAGAACACCCUCAGAUCCUUCAAGGACACCAACAGUUCCUCCAAGAGCACCCUCAGAUCCUUCAAGAACACGAACAGUUCCUCCAAGAACACAACCGGUUUCUCCAAUGCCACCCCAGCGUGAGAAUGAUAGUAAACUUGAAGAGACAUUAAAAGGACUUACUUUAAAGAGAGAUCAGUAUAAAUUAGCUGCUCGCAAUUGUAACAGAAGUGGUGACAAAGAAAAUGCAAAAAAAUAUUUGAUUAUA